UAGCUUGGGCAUAAUAUGGAGAAGAAUUUAGCAAUUUAAUUCCCAUUCCAGUAGCAAACUCCUCAAAUUCAUCUGACGUAAAUAUAGUACCAUGAUCGGUCGUAAUGGUCUGUGGAAUACCAAACCGAUAGAUAAUAUGUUUUCUGACGAAUUCAAUCAUCUCUUUCGACGUAACAUUCUUCAGAGGAAUUGCUUCAACCCACUUGGUGAAAUAAUCAGUGGCCACCAAGAUAAAUUUAUGAUUUUUACUGGAUGGAGGAUAUAUCUGGCCGAUCAAAUCAAUUCCCCAUCCACUAAAUGAUCACGGCUUGAUUAUGGGAUUCAUGGCUGACGCAGGAAUUCUUUGCACACUUCCAAACUUCUGACAUUCUUGGCAACCUCUGUAAUAUGUGAAGCAAUCUUCCAGCAUCGUCGGCCAAAAAUAUCCGUUCCUCCUGAUCACCCAUUUCAUCUUAUAGGCCGAUUGAUGGGAUCCACAGACCCCCUCAUGAAUUUCACCCAUUAAUACCUUAGCUUCUUCUAUAUCGAUGCAUUUGAGCAAAACUCCAUCAAUCGUCCGAUAAUAUAAAUCUUCCUCCAACAAUACAUAUUUGAUUGCCUGGAAUCUGAUUUUCUAUCCACUUUUUUGGAUGGAUCUUUCAAAUAAUCAUUGAUCUCUUUCCUCCGGUCAUCGCUGUUAAUUCCAAGGCCAUUAUUCUUUCCAUCGGCCGAUAUCCUAAAGCAUGCUGAGCCAGCCGAUUUGCGUCACUGUUAUGAAAUUUGGGAAUAUGCUCGAUGGUUACCUUCUUGAAUUCUUUCAGCAGCCGGAGACAUUCUUCAUGAUAUAAUUGUUAAAUAUCAUCUUUGCAUUCAUACUCCCCAACUAACUGGUUGAUCACCAGCAUAGAAUCCCCAAUAAUCUCAAUGGCAUCGGUUUGAUCUCUCAAAGUAAUUGAAUUCCCUUGAGAAUAGCACUAUACUCAGCUUGAUAUUGGUUGCGGAUGCUUCAAUCGGAAACGAGAACUCAAAAUUUGCCCCCGAGGGGAAAUCAGCACCACACCAAUUCCAGAACCGUUCCCACACGAAGAUCCAUCAAAGAAUAAAGUCCAAGGAACAAGAUCUACCAUGUUCAGCUCUGGUCCACAAUAUUGCACAACAAAAUCGGCUACGGCUUGACCCUUAACUGCUUUAGCCGAUUCAUAUCUCAAAUCAAAUUCUGACAAUGCCAAAAUCCAUUUUCCUAUUCUCCCUUUCAAAAUCGGCAAUGAGAGCAUAUAUCUAAUAGCAUCAUCUUUCUCACAACAACACAUUCAGCCGAUAAUAAAUAAUUUCUAAGCUUGGUACAGGAGAAGUAUAAGCAAAUACCUCCCUUCUAGAUGCAUGCAAGAGAAAUGUUGAGCAAGACUUGGGCGCACUUAAAAACACAUGGCACACACAUGGUGUUUCCAUUGUUUCUGAUGGGUGGACAAACAUGAAGAACAAGCCAUUAAUCAAUGUAAUUGCAUCAAAUAGCCGUGGUUCAAUGUUUUUGUAUGCAGAUGAUUUUUCUGGAAUUGAGAAAACUGUGAAGCAAUAGCAGAUUAUUUGCUUAAGGCGAUCGAAGAUAUUGGAGCCUCGAUGGUUAUGCAAGUUGUGACUGAUAAUGCAUCAAAUUGCAAGGCAGCUGGACGGGAAAUUGAAAAAGUGCAUAAACACAUUUUUUUGGUCACCUUGCGUAGUGCAUACUCUGAAUCUGAUAUUUAAGGAUUUAGCCAAAGCACUUCCUUGGAUAGAGGAGACAUACAGUACUGGUAAAGCUCUAGUCACAUUCAUUCUGAAUCACCAACAUGGCCUAGCAAUUUUCAGAGCUAAUUCAAAACUAGAUCUCUUGAGGGUGGCAAAGACACGAUUCGCGUCCCAUUAUAUUUUGCUAAAGAGGCUGAGUGACUGCCGUGAAGCACUUGCUACCACGAUGGUUACAAAGCAAUGGAAGGACUGGAUGAAACACAAUGGGAGUGAUAAAUAUGCAAAGAUUGCAGUUGACACUAUCAACAGUGAAGAGUUUUGGACAGAGGUUGAAAGCAUUCUUGCUUUCACAAAGCCCUUGUUCCUGAUGGUAAAAUUUAGUGAUGGAGAAGGCCCAAAGAUGGGUGAAGUAUAUGAAAAAAUGGACACCAUGCUGGGAGAGAUAAAAGAUGUGAUGACCAAGUUGGACUACCCUCACAGGCUUGAUUUUCCCACGGUAGAAAACAUUAUCCUUAGUCGAUGGGAGAAAAUGAAUAUCCCUCUGCAUUGUUUGGCCUUUGCACUAUGCCCAGAGUAUUAUGAUAUUGAGUACUUGAAAAAACCCGCUCCUGGAGGUGAGCCCAGAAAGGCUCCAAAUCAAGACAAGGAGGUCAUGCGUGGGGUGCUGGAAGCUUUCCGCAGAAUAGCAGAUACUGAUGCUGAACGAAAGAAUUACCUAAAAGAGUUUACUGCAUUUCACAUGAAGAAAGGGAUGUUUUCAUUCACGUCUGUUCAAAAUGAUGCAAGCACAAUGAAACCCAUUGACUGGUGGUCCAACUACGGCUCAGAGACUCCAAAUCUGUCAGAACUUGCUUUGAGGGUUUUGUCUCAGCCAAUCAGUAGCUCCUCAGCUGAGAGAAACUGGAGUACGUAUUCGUAAUGUGAAAAGGAAUAGGCUUAAUUCUAAAACAGCAGACAAGCUGGUCUACGUUCACUCCAAUAUUCGCCUCCUGUCAAGGUUUUCAGAAGACUACAAAGCAGGCCCUAACAGCAAGUGGGAUGCAAUUCCAGAAGAUACUUC